GCAACACUGUAUACAGACGGUGCCUGUAAAUUUUUUGGACUGCAUGUGAACAGCAACGAAAACAAAGGAGAGAUGAAAAGUUAAGGAACAAAGAAAAUGCGGCUGUUGACUGUUUACAAUACCUGUGGUGGGCGAGUGCAGCUCUAUUACAGAGGUCAAUGGGGAGCAGUUUGCUGGAAUGACUUUGGAAUAAACGAAGCUCAUGUGGCCUGCAGACAAGCUGGGUGUGGAAAAGCAGAAACAUAUUCUAGAUUUUAUGAAUAUAUUGAUGACGCUCCCAUUUGGCUGGACAGAGUUCACUGCACUGGGAACGAGACAGAUCUCUGGGACUGUCCUUCAGACACUUGGGGUCACCAUGAGUGUGAUCUCAGAAUGCAAGCGGCUGUUGCAUGCAAAGGUGCUGUUAAUUUCUCAUUGGCUGAUGGAGGAAGCCCAUGUGCUGGACGACUGGAAUAUGCCACUAGUGUAGGAAAGGGUUCCUUUUAUGAUGAUAUUAUUGAUGUCAGUGUGGCUCAAGUUCUGUGUCGGCAACUGGACUGUGGAUCAGCUGUAUCAGUGAAAACGAGAACCUACUUUGGAGAAACAGUUGGUUCUCCCUGGUCUUUCCCUGUGCAUUGCAAUGGGAAUGAGUCUUUCUUCUGGCACUGCAAUUCAGAUUUUACUAUUUAUAUAGCUUCUGUGAACGAUCCCCAGAAAAUUAAAUUUGCUGGAAUUGUGUGUUCUGAUCACAGAGCUCCAAGACUGGUGGAUGGGGAGGAUUCCUGCUCUGGCCGGGUAGAGGUGCAGUUUGGAGAAACAUGGAUGACCCUCUGUGAUACACACUGGGAUAUGCAUGACGCCAGUGUGGUCUGUAAACAGCUGCAGUGUGGAGUUGCAGUAGCUACCCCUGGAGGGGGUCACUUUGGUGAAGGAAAGGGUCCAAUCUGGGAAAAACAGUUUGACUGUUGGGGCAAUGAGUCCAUUCUGUUUGACUGCCCUGUGUCAAGGAAGAAUCACAGCUGCACUCACGGGAGUCAUGCUGCUGUCAUCUGCUCUGGAAAGGAUGGGCCCCAGUUAGUGGGUGGAGGCAGCAGGUGUUCAGGCCGAGUAGAGAUAUUACAUGGAGGCCUCUUGGGCACUGUAUGUGAUGAAUAUCUGGAUCUGCAAGAUGCUGAUGUGAUCUGCAGACACCUUCACUGUGGUGCAGCCACUUCCACACCUAAAGGAGAUCACUUUGGAGAAGGGACUGGCCGAGCCUGGAAAGACAGCUUUCACUGCAGAGGGAACGAAUCACUCCUGGGGGACUGCAUGGUGUCCUGGGACCAACGGGUGUGUGACCAUGGGAGUGACGCCAGCAUCAUCUGCGCAGAGGAGGACUGGCUGUUAAGGCUACGUGGUGGAGAAAGCCGCUGUGAUGGGAGAGUGGAGGUGUUCUUGAACAGCACGUGGGGAACGGUUUCAGACACUCAAUGGAAUUCACAGGAUGCCAGUGUUGUCUGCAGACAUUUAAACUGUGGCCUUGCAAUAGAAGCAUUCAGCCCCUCGAAAUAUCCUCCUGGGAAUGGCCCUGUCCUUAUAUCACAGAUUGAAUGUAACGGAAAUGAAUCUUCACUGCAAGGCUGCCACUUUUCUCAAUCUAAAGAAUCCGCAAAAUCCAGUGUCAGCGUAGGGGUUCUUUGUACAGAGCACCUCCAGGUGAGAUUGGCAGGCAGUGGCAGCCAGUGUGCAGGAAGAGUGGAAGUGUACUACAACGGCUCUUGGGGGACAGUUUGUGAUGGUUCCUGGGACUUACCUGAUGCUGACGUUACGUGCAGACAGCUUGGGUGUGGACCUGCAGUACAAGCCCCUGUCUCUGCUGCUUUUGGGGAAGGCUCUGGGCCAGUCUGGCUUAACAACGUCAAGUGCCUGGGAAACGAAUCGGCUCUGUGGGAGUGUCCUUCAGCAAAAUGGGGAGAGCAGAAUUGCAGACAUAAGAAAGAUGCUGGGGUUGUGUGUUCAGAGUUUAAGGAUCUUCGUCUGGUCAGUGCUGAGUUUGACUGUGCUGGAAGACUGGAGAUAUUCUACAAUGGAACCUGGGGAAGAGUCUGCUCCAAUAAAAUGAGUUCCACCACUGUAAACAUGAUCUGUCAGCAACUGGGAUGUGGAGGCAAAGGCACACUGCAGGACGCUAACCAGUUUGGAGUAGGCUUUGGUCCUAAAUGGCUUGAUGAAGUGGACUGCCAUGGGUUUGAGUCUGUCCUGUGGCAGUGCCCCUCAUUGCCAUGGGGACAGAAUACAUGCCUGGACAAUGAAGUUGCUGGAAUUGAGUGUUUAGGACACACUAGGAAGCCUGCUGUUACAACUAUUUCCAAAGAAAGAGUCUGUGCAGAAGGGCAGGUGAGGCUGGUAGGAGCAGACAGCCCGUGCUCUGGCAGAGUUGAGCUGUGUUACAGUGGGUCCUGGGGUACAGUGUGUGAUGAUUCCUGGGAUCUCAAUGAUGCCCACGUGGUCUGCACACAGCUGCUUUGUGGCUCUGCAGUAACUGCUACCCAGGAAGCUCGUUUUGGAGAAGGCAAUGGGAUGAUCUGGCUGGACGAUGUGAACUGCAGGGGCACAGAAAUAUUUCUGUUGGGCUGUCGCUCCUCUACGCCGGGGCGUCAUAACUGUGAACACAAUGAAGAUGCUGGUGUAAUCUGCUCUGGAGCUGUGCAGUCUUUCGAAGCGCAGUUGGCUGGGUGGCGCCAGGCUUUCGUUGUCACCUGCCUGAUUCUGGGGAUUCCUCUGUGUGCAGUCUCAGCGGCUCUCCUCAUCACAACAUACAGAUACAGGAAACGCAAAGGCCCUGGAUCCAGUGAAGGCUAUAACCCUGUUUAUGAAGAAAUUGACCAGAGAUUACACGUGAAAAGAUUAGAUCACUCAGCAGAACUUCCCGAAUCCAAGGAUUUUGGCAGUGACACAGAGGUAGUUGAGGAUGUUCCGCAAGAGAAAGAUGCUGAAUAUGAUGAUAUUGACGAGAAUGACUACGUCAAUGAAACGGAGGACAGUGCUGAACCUCCCGAAGCCAGGUGUAAGGAUGUUGGCAUUGACGCAGAUGAAGUUGAGGAUGUUCCGCAAGAGAAAGAUGCUGAAUAUGAUGAUAUUGACGAGAAUGAUUACGUCAAUGAAAUGGAGGACAGUGCUGAGCUUGCUGAUGGUGGCUAUGACGAAGUAGGCAAUGACACACACACAGGUCAGGAUGGCCAGUUAGACCCUGAUGCUGAGUAUGACGAUCUUGAAGAGAAUGACUACAUAAAUCUAGUAGAGAACAGCGCUAACUCUUUAUAUGAUGAUACUGGAAUCUUUCUUGAGCAGGAGAUUCUAGUCAGAGGGAAUUGAAGGAAGCAGCAGACAGAAGUACUCCAUGGCCUUUCUAAUAUAGUUUGCUUGAGCUGUAAUGCUAGUGAGAGCUAGUCAGCCCUUCAUACACUGCGCUCGGACUCGCAGCUUUUACAAUAUUUAUCAUUUUUACUGUGGAGACAGUUGAAGAAUGUGCACAUUGUGAGUCAGUCUUCUCAUUGUGUUCUGAAUGUUUAGGAUGGAAUGUAUUAUCUUUUGAAGGCUGUAUACAGGUUUUCUACACCAAAAUCAAAUUAACUUUACCAGGCAUAAUUGGAUUUGCAUCACACGCCUUUGUAUUGCCUUCAUAACUAAAGUUGUGAAAUAUUGUUUACUUCACCAGACUGAAAUGUAAUUGUAGAUGAGUUCUUUCUUUUAUUAACGUGCCUUCGCUGGCAGGCAAGCAGUAUUGGGAUUUAUUGUAAUCUAAGUGAGGCUGGUGUGAGUCGAUCAUUGGGGGGUGAGCUAUUGCAUUUCGAACCCUGGAAAGGUCAUUAUUGAUAACUCCAUUUGUUUAUAAUUCAGAGGACCCACACCAAUUCACCAGUUCAAUCCAGUCCUGCAUUGCUGUGCUUUAGCUGUGCUGUUGAUGAAGUGUUGUUAUUAGUCUGUAUUAUAUUGCUUUGAAACUUUUUUUGAAAAAAGUAUUCCUUAAUUCCCAGUAUUGUAGUUGAUCCUGAAUCACUUGGAUCCUUUAAGACCAGUUUGACAAAGUCUUAAAGGAUCCAGGUUUUUAGGGUUUGUUGUAUUAUAACUAGGGAUGCACCGAAUUCGGCCGAGUACCGGAUCCAUCUCAAAAGAUUCGGCUGAAUACCGAACCGAAUACCGAAUCCUACAAAAACUGUCAAGAAAACUGAAGGAAACUAUUGAAUGAAAAACAGAAUGGCAGCUGCUAAGGUUUCAGUUUGAAAUAUACACAAUUUACCGCUAGCUCCCUCCGCCCACAACAGAACCGUUUACCUUUACAAGGAAAGAGAACUGCAACCCACUAUUUUCUUUAUUGACGUUUCAGCCUGUGUCACCUGACCUGAGAGUAGGUUUGCCAACAGGCUCCAGAAUCUCGGGACACUAAGAAAAGUCAGGUUUUGUAACUCGCCUCUCUAAACUGCAAUGUAUUCAGUAACAUGAGUGUGAACUGUGCAAACUGUCGUUAAAUUCAUUGAAUUGUUUUACUUAGUUGUUACCAAAAGCACACACAUGCCUGCGAGGAUCGUUUCCAUCAAUGAGACCUAUACAGCAGCUGAUUGGCUUUCUGAAUCUCUGACUGGGUGGGAAUGUGUGAAGCAAGAAAUAUUAAACAAAUAGAAAUGUUACCUGCUGUCACAAGGUUAACUGAAAGA